AUGGCAGCUCUCACACGUACUAAAUCUAAAUCACUCGCCAGUCCAUCUUCUUCGAUAACUACACCUACACUUAUACAAAUCCCCCAAGCUCCCAACCUACCAAUAAAUCAACCAACCCUAAGCACCCUCCCCCCCGAACUACACCUCCUCAUCUCCGCACACCUAACGUAUCCGGACGCCCUCUCCCUGAAACACACAAACCGGCAUUUCUACAAUCUAGUUUACACGGGCGUAGACCUCAAGAUAGAAUGGUUGAUUGAGCGGCGGACGUUGCAUUUGGAUUGUCCGCAUGAUAGGAAGUGCGAGCUGGGGAGUGAUAUGCGGUUUUGUAGGGGGAGUGUUAGGCUACUGAUGAAGAGACGGAGAGAGCAUGGCGAGUGUGACACGGGAGAGGGCGGAAGAGGUUGCUUGGUUUUCGGGACGAGGAUUUGUACGUUUAGGAGGAAGCGGAUUGGGUUGUUGGAGAAGAUAAGGAGUUCUAUUUUGAGACUGGGAAGCGAGAAUGUGUUGGUUUGGUGGAUGUGUCUUGCGGUCAUGGGAGCUUUGUUAGGAUGGGUUUGCUUGGAGGUGCAGAAGAUGCAUGUCCAGCCACUACUUCUAUAA